AUGUGUGUUUGCAUAAGCAGAGCCUUUCUUAGCAGGCCAUGUAUAAAAAUCAGAGAUCACUGCCUGGUUCUCAUAAUCACAGUCUACCUCAACAGAAGAACAACACAGACAGAAGACAUGACUAAAGCGUUCUCUUCAGUGGAAUGGCUCUCCCAGAGCAGUUGCACAAGCAAAAGGGUUCAUAUGGACAGCCAAGUACCAAACUAUCCCUGGAACCUGGAAUCAGCUUCAUAUCCAAGGGCAGCUGAAUUGUCCCCAAUUUCAUGGGACAGUGAGGUGUCCCUCUAUCAAUCAGACGCUGAAUUCUCUCCAUCUUCCAAGGAUACAAAAUUAUCACCGUACUCCAGUGAUGUUCCAUCGUACCCCAGGGACACUCUUCUUUCUCAGAAUCAAAGUGACAUUUCUGGGUCGCAACCACCAGUUGACCAUAUUGUUUUCCCCAACAUGGACACAGUAAUUCAAAAUACAACAACCUUCCAUGGAGAUCUUCAUGUAUCUCGUCAAGCAAAGAGUCCAAUCGCCCAAAUCGAUUCAAAUGAAGAUGUGCACCAUUCUCAGCCUGUUUCAGAGCAGAGGUGUCAGAGCAGAGGUGACUCAGGCUAUGAUAGCGAGACUGGUCGCUCCACAUCUGCGGCUUCAGAAGGAGAAACGGUGGAGUCCUCAGAUAUUUCUGAUGAAGAGAGCAAGAUGGGUCGCAGAUUGAGGACAGCCUUCACAACUGAGCAGAUCUGUACCCUCGAGAAGACCUUCAAAAAACACAGAUACUUGGGGGCAUCAGAAAGGCGCAAGCUGGCAGCCAAACUCAACCUCUCUGAAGUUCAGAUUAAAACAUGGUUCCAGAACCGCAGAAUGAAACUGAAACGUGAAAUGCAGGACCUGAGACCAGAACCAUACCCUACCUCCUUCUACAAUGUGUACAGCUACCCUCAGCAAGCCAACCCAGCCUUCCAGUACCAAUUCCCUGGGCACCAACAUAUGCUGGAAGCAGUACCUGCUACUAAUAUGUCCUACCCAAUGCUAUCCCAUGCAAUGGAUACUAUGAGUGCCUUUGUCCCCUCAACUGUCCCUAUGAUGUACCUGCCACCUCAGCCCUUGUUGCAGUCGGUUGCUUAUCAUGAAGACAGCAGGCAUUACGCAAGAUAUUAA